AUGGCUAGAAAGAAGUUGGAUUUGACAUACAUCAUCAAUGACUCAAAGAGGAAGACAACCUUAAAGAAAAGAAAACAUGGUUUGAUCAAGAAAAUGAAUGAAAUUACCACCCUUUGUGGGAUUGAAGCAUGUGCUAUAAUCUAUUCUCCAAAUGAUCCUCAACCAGAGGUUUGGCCAUCUGAGCCAGAAGUUCAAAGGGUGCUUUCCAAGUUCAUGGAAAUGUCUGAGCAGAAACAAUGUAGAAAGAUGUUGAAUCAAGAGAGCUUGUUGAAACAAAUAAUCAUCAAAGGCCAACAACAGUUAACAAAACAAAGGAAUGAGAAUAGGAAGAAAGAAAUGACUCAUCUUAUGUUUCAAUAUUUGAGGGUUGGGAGGGUUUUUAACAAUCCUAGUUUGAUAGAUUUGAAUGAUCUCUCAUGGUUGAUUGAUCAAAACUUGAAUGAAAUAAAAAAGAAGAUAACUAUGAUCCAAAUCCAAGAAGGUGCACCAGUGACUAAAAAUGGAGAAGAACAUGGAUACAUGCAUCAUGUUCAAGGGCUAGAGAACAAUAUAGACACCAUUCAGAACCAACAUUGA